AUGAAGCUUGCAGUCUUCAGCGCAAAACCCUACGACAAGCUCUACCUAACCACCGAGCACGCCGCCGAGAUCGACGCAGCGGCCGGCAUCGAAGUUAUUUACCAUGACUUCCCCCUCAACCUCGAAACGGCCGAGCUCGCCAAAGGUGCCGAGGCCGUAUGCAUCUUUGUCAAUGAUGUCGCAGAUGCCCCGGUAAUUGAAGCCCUUGCCGAGCACGGCGUCAAGGCCAUACUACUGAGAUGUGCCGGCUUCAACAAUGUCGACCUGGACGCCGCCGAGGACCACAACAUGUUUGUGGCCAAUGUUCCUUCGUACUCGCCUGAGGCGGUGGCCGAGUUUGCCGUAGCCCUGGUUCAGACCCUGAAUCGCAAUACCCACAGAGCGUACAACCGUGUGAGGGAAGGCAACUUUAACCUGGAUGGCCUCCUUGGCAGGACGCUCCACGGCAAGACAGUCGGGCUGAUUGGCACGGGCAGGAUCGGCGUAGCCUUUGCAAAGAUCAUGAACGGUUUCGGCUGCAAGGUUAUCGGUUUCGACCCCUUUCAAAGCGACGAAUUCAAAAAAAUCGGCGAGUACAUGGACCUGGACACUCUGCUACCCCAGAGCGAUAUCAUCAGUCUGCACUGCCCCCUGAUGGACAAUACUAAGCAUAUAAUCAACGAGGACACCCUUUCUAAGAUGAAGACGGGUGCCAUGAUUGUCAACACUUCCCGCGGAGGUUUGAUCAACACUAAGGCUGUGAUCUCGGCGCUCAAGAACAAGCAGCUGGGGGGUCUGGCGCUGGACGUGUACGAGGGCGAGGGUGCGCUCUUCUACAAUGACCACUCGGGCCACAUCAUCGAGGACGAUGAGUUGAUGCGUUUGACCACUUUCCACAAUGUCAUUGUCUGUGGCCACCAGGCCUUCUUCACCAAGGAGGCUUUGCAAGAAAUUGGCACCAGCACACUGAAGAACUUUGCCGAUUUCUCCUAUAAUCGGCCUUGUAAGAAUUCAUUGCUGCAAAACAAGAGCGAAUUGUUGAGGAGAAAGUCUAUCCCCAUUCGUAUCUGA